AUGUCGGUUUUGGAUGUGGAGACUGCUUCUUCAAUCAAGUCCUCCCAAAACCUUUCUGUUGCUCCACCUAGACCUCCACGAUCGCUGCGGGAAAAAGUACUUACAAAAUCCAGUUUAUCAAAAGCAACACCUAGCGAGAAGUUGUCGCAGCCAUCAUCUCAUCCCGCAACAGGAAAACGUCCAGCGGACUCUGCUCCGACAGACGCAUCUACAACAAGAAAAAAUGCCUCUUCGCACACCCCCACUCUGGGAACUAAAAUGUCGCAAACUUCAGUUAAAAGCGACAGCUCGAUCCGAUCCUCCGUUUGUGACCCGGUAGAUGCGGCUAUCGACAAAGUAGCUAACUGGAAGCAGGAAGAAAUUCCUCCACUUCCAGUUUUAUCCGACGAAGAACUUUCGAUCACAUCUGCGCCGGAAUCACCACUAUCGGAGGCACCGGAAAAAGGAAGACCCAGCCUGCUUUUUAACUCCAACAGGCGACUGGGGGGUGGAAAUGGAUAUGGCAACAAAAGAAGCGAACGAAAUGCUUCUGAGAGGGAAGGAAGCGCUAGAAAUGGCAGGGAAUAUGAAGAGGGAGUGUAA